GGGAGCGCGCAUCUCACACACACGCUCACUCUCCACUCGAUUGCAAUCGGUUUUCACCAAUUUACCACAGACGACUCCUUGAUCUCUUGGCGGAUCCGUGUUAACGGAUGCGCCUCAUACAUUCGGUCGGCUCACACCUUUACCUCCGUGACUUUGAUGGGGACUUGGGCAACAGGGAGAGAAAAUGCCUGUGAUGAAAGGAUUACUUGCGCCACAGAACACGUUUCUAGACACCAUAGCCACACGGUUUGACGGCACACACAGCAACUUCAUCCUGGCUAAUGCCCAGGUGUCCAAGGCCCAAGGUUUCCCCAUCGUCUACUGUUCUGAUGGCUUCUGUGAGCUCACAGGCUUCUCCCGCGCUGAGGUCAUGCAGAAGAGCUGUGCCUGUAAGUUCCUGUAUGGCCCAGAGAGCAGCGAGACCAUCAUCCUCAGCAUCGACGACGCCCUGGAUGAACGGAAGGACUUCAAGGAAGAAAUCAUGUUCUACAAAAAGGCUGCGUCAUUGUUCUGGUGCCUGCUGGAAAUUGUCCCCAUUAAGAAUGAGAAGGGAGACGUGGUGCUCUUCCUGGCUUCAUUUAAAGACAUCACAGACAACAAGGCCAAGGCCAUCCCAGAGGGCAAGAGAGAAGAGCGCCGACAAGGGGGUCUGAAAACUGGCUCUUCGUUCAGUUCGACUCGUCUGCGGAGCAGUACUGUACUGUACCACAUCUCUGGUCACCUCCACAGCAAAGACAACAAGAAGAGGAAGAAGAGCAAGAUCAAACUCAACAAGAAUGUGUUUGGGGACCCCCCUGCUCUGCCAGAGUACAAGGUGGCGGACGCCAAGAAGUCCAAGUUCAUCUUGCUUCACUUCAGCACCUUCAAGGCGGGUUGGGAUUGGCUGAUCCUGCUGGCCACCUUCUACGUUGCCGUGACAGUGCCCUACAACGUCUGCUUCAUCGGAGACGAUGACCUCACCAGGAGCACUACAGUCAGCGACAUUGCUGUGGAGAUACUCUUUAUUAUAGACAUUGUGUUCAGUUUCCGUACCACUUACGUGAGUAAGUCUGGUCAAGUGAUUUUCAGUGCGCGGUUGAUCUGCAUCCACUACAUGACCACGUGGUUCAUCAUUGACCUGGUCGCCGCGCUGCCCUUUGACCUCCUCUAUGCCUUCAAAGUCAGCGUGGUAUCAGUAGUCCACCUGUUGAAGACAGUGCGUCUGCUCCGGCUGCUGCGUCUGCUCCAGAAGAUGGACCGGUACUCCCAGCACAGCACUGUGGUGCUCACCCUGCUCAUGUCCAUGUUCGCCCUGUUGGCCCACUGGAUGGCCUGCAUCUGGUACGUCAUCGGCAAGAAGGAGAUGGAGGCCAACGCCUACUCCUGGGACAUCGGCUGGCUCCAUGAGUUGGGGAAGCGUCUAGAGUCUCCCUACGACCCCCAGGGGGAAGUGAACGGGACGAGGCUGAGCGGACCUUCUCUGAGGAGUGUCUACAUCGCUUCUCUCUACUUCACCCUGUCCAGUCUGACCAGCGUGGGCUUCGGCAACGUGUCAGCCAACACCGACGCUGAGAAGAUCUUCUCCAUCUGCACCAUGCUCAUCGGAGCGUUGAUGCACGCCCUGGUGUUUGGUAACGUGACGGCCAUUAUCCAGCGGAUGUACUCUCGCUGGUCCCAGUACCACACCCGUACCAAGGACCUGAAGGACUUCAUCCGAGUCCACCACCUGCCCCAGGGCCUCAAACAACGCAUGCUGGAGUACUUCCAGACCACAUGGUCCGUCAACAACGGCAUUGACUCCAACGAGUUGCUGAAGGACUUCCCAGAUGAGCUGCGCUCUGACAUCACCAUGCACCUGAACAAGGAGAUAUUGGAGCUGUCUCUGUUUGCCUCGGCCAGCAGGGGGUGCCUGCGCUCCCUGUCCCUGCACAUCAAGACAACAUUCUGUGCCCCUGGGGAGUAUCUGCUGCGCCAGGGGGACGCCCUGCAGGCCAUCUUCUUUGUCUGCUCUGGGUCCAUGGAGGUGCUGAAGGAUGGCAUGGUGUUGGCUAUACUGGGUAAGGGUGACCUGAUCGGGGCCAACAUGUCUAUAGAUGACCGGGUGAUAAAGACCAACGCAGAUGUGAAGGCCCUAACCUACUGUGACCUGCAGUGUAUCAACCUGAGUGGUCUGUAUGAGGUACUGGACCUCUACCCAGAGUACACCAGCCGCUUUGUCCAAGACAUCCAUCUGGACCUCACAUACAACCUGAGGGAGGGACACGAGUGCCAUGUCAUAUCCAGAUUGUCCACCAAACCAUUGGACACACAGACAGAGGGGAGAGGCAACGGACGAGUGAUCCAGUCCUAUCCAUCCAUCAUUGAGAACCAGGAGGAAGAGGAGGAGGAAGAUGAGUUGGCAUCUGUAUCUCCGGAAUUGGUGCGCAACAGCGUCCUGUACACUAGAGAGGUGUCUUCUGGGAAGUCUCCAUCGGGUAGAGCCGGGAUGGAGAGAGAGUUGCACAGCGGCAGAGAAGGAACACACCAGAGCACUAGGAAACUGAGGGAGAAGAUCCAGAUCCGCCAGACAGCUCUCACCACGCUAGACCCCUCCAACCUCAGCCCUAGGGUUGUGGACGGUACGGAGGAUACUGAAGGUACAGAGACGUCUCCACUGUUCUCCUUCUCUCCUAGUCGAGCCUGUCCAGUCAGCGGUCCAGGGAAUGCACCUGCCACAUUUACAGGGCCGGGUGGUUUGACAGGGAUGCAGCUUAAGCCCCACCCUCUUCAACAUAUAAAUCAACGAAGUGGCGAGGAAACUAGAACGCAGCACCUAGAUCUUCUGCACAGAUUCUGUCAGAUCUGGGCUCUGACAGUAAAUCUCAAUAUUCUCCAGAUCAGCACAGCAGAGUCAGCAGCUAAAGCUGAGGAGACCUGGGGACAACUACGGCACCUAGACCAGGAGGUGAGUUCUCUGGGGAAGGAGGUGGCAGAGCUGGGCCAAGUAAUGAGGAGUAUGGCUCACCUGAUGGAGUCCCUCAUCUCCGGACCCAAACCCCUCUAUCCUGCACACUUUGUACCUGGACACCCCACGUACCUGUCCCACCCUGCGCCCACAUCCCACGCCACCCCCCCCACAGUCCUAUCCUCCCCCUUCUCAGACUGGUCCUCUCUGGGAAGACACCCCCCUCACCACCCCCUCUCCUUGCACCUCUCCACUUGUUGGCCAUGUCCAGCGGCAUCCUGGGAUGUUCCACGUGGAUCCCGCCCUGACCGCUUUUCCACACAGACCACAGAACCUCCACCUGGUCUACCCUCUGUGCCCUGGCCCGGCCUCCUCCCCCCUUUCACGCCCCUACCCCCCCCUCCUUCUCCCUCACGGACGCCUCAACAGAGCUACUGCUCCCCUCGCCCCUCACUUCUCCUGGGACGCCCCACUGUGGAGGGGGAGGGGGCGCUGGGUCCUUCAGGUUGCGGGCACGGAGUCUGGAGACCCCACAGCCACCGCGUGAUAGGAGAGGAGGGGCCCCUCAGAGCUCCGGGAGCCUGCCCCACCCUGGACGGAGCUACCAGCACAUGGAUUUGUAGCGGACAGAACUGGACUAAAGUGGACUCUCACUUAGAUACUGGACUAAAGAGAUACUGGACUAAAGGAGUGGAUGGGACUAACAACCAGGUCCCUAUAUCAUCAGACUACACUCUUACAGGGACACACAGAUCUCUGAUAAUACUGAUAACAUGUAAUUUUCUAUCUCCGUUUCCAAGGCACAUUUUUAUUUUCAAAUUGCAUGACAAAAGUAGAGGGGCAGUAGGUAGCCUAUAGGUAGCUACAUUGUAUAGACGUUCCAGUAGUGUUCUGGAGGGGUAUAGAAGCAAGAAUGUAGCUGUGACGUUGUGUUAUUCUCUGGAGAAGACCCUGGGGGUCUGAAGGAGAGGAGAAGAGCAGUACUGCACAAUGACAGAGGAGGAGGAGGAGGGGACUGGGUCGCACCAGGGAUGGAUGGAAUAGUAGAGAUGCCUGAGUGUAUAAGGGGGAGGGAGAGGGAAGGAGGAGGGGGGGAUUUCUUGCUCUUUCUCUCUUUCCAAUUUUCAAUUCGGAUGGAUUGGAGGAGAGAGUGAGUGGUGGAGGGAGUUGUGGUUGAGGGAUGAUGGAGAGAGUUGGAGGAUGUGAGGCUUUAAGUUCCAGUUUUCUAUCCACUCCCACCCCAUCACUGUUCUUGUAGUUGAGGUCUGGGCCUGCAGCUGGGGACCAGUGGCUGGUGUUUGGGGGUUGGUUGGUAGGGGCUGCUUG